CACACAGACACUCACACGCGUGCCGAGAGAGAGAGAGAGAGAGAGGGAGAGAGAGAGAGAGAAGGGCCGUGUGAGAGAGUAUUAUGAAGUGCGAUGGCUUGGUGCGACCGUGCGGUUCAGCUGCUCCUGGCCACCGUGGGCUCCUUCGUGGCGUUUAGCCUCAUGACCAUCGCUGUCGGCACGGACUACUGGCUGUACUCCAGGGCGUACAUUUGCAACGCGACCAAUAUCACAUCAGACGACACUCAGUCUCAAGCCAAGAAAACUCGCGGCGAUCUCACGCACUCCGGGCUUUGGAGAAUCUGCUGUAUAGAAGGUCUCAACCAAGGAAGCUGUUACCGUAUCAAUCAUUUUCCAGAUGACAACGAUUAUGACACUGACAGCUCAGAAUACCUCCUACGUAUAGUUCGUGCCUCCAGUGUGUUCCCCAUUCUCAGUACAGUUCUACUGCUACUGGGGGGGCUGUGUGUGGGAGUAGGACGCAUCUACAACAAGAGGAAUAACAUUUUGCUCAGUGCAGGCAUUCUCUUUGUGGCAGCAGGUUUGAGCAACAUUAUUGGGAUCAUUGUUUACAUCUCCAGCAACACUGGUGAUCCCAGCGACAAGCGCGAUGAGGACAAGAAGAGCCAAUACAAUUACGGCUGGUCGUUCUACUUUGGGGCUCUCUCAUUUAUCCUCGCGGAGGCGGUUGCUGUCCUAGCUGUGAAUAUCUACAUCGAAAAGAACAAAGAGAUGCGCUUUCAAGCACGACGAGAGUUUGUCAAGUCUACCUCGUCCUCCUCGCCUUACUCACGCAUGUCCAGUUUCCGCUACAGACGGCGACAUUCACGUUCCAGCUCGCGCUCCACAGAGGCAUCCCGUGAGGCCUCUCCAGUCGGGAUAAAGAUGGUGAGCUCCGUGCCUCUGGGUGAGAUCAACAUGUAUACACUGAGCAGAGACCCGCUGAAAUCGGGAACUGACAGUUCCUAUAGCCCUGAACACGACUCUGGGUUCCUGCAGGUGCACAACUGUUUUCCCAAAGACUUGAAUGACAGCAUCAACAGGAGGACAACACCAGUAUGAGAUAACUGAAUGUUAUAGAAAUACAAUGUCUUGGCCAUAUAACCUGGGAGCACCACUGAGGCCUAAAGGCUUAGUAGAAGCACUUGUACAAUUAUUGCGAUGAUUCAACUACCUAAGGACUACUACCUUUGAUGGGGGAAUUUGAAUGGGUUUCAACGACAGCAUUUGAUCCUUAAAUUUCAGUUCUACCAGUGUUUUGGCCCAAGUGUUUCCUCCUUGCAGUGUUGGUAAGAAAGGAUUUAAGAGCUGUGAGAGAUCUGUAUAGCUAAUUUCAUUUUACAAACGAUCUUUGAAUAGUGCAUUGUGGAAUUAUAUAAAAUGUGAAAUUUCAACAAACAAAUCCACUUUCAUAGGAAGUCUGUUCUCUGUAUGAGUCAUGGAUGCAGUGGAGAUUCAAAAUUCACCAUUUUAAAUAUGACUGUCCAAAUAUAAAAUGGUGCUACAGGAAGUAGUCUCACAGAUUAAGCCUUCCCCUUCUUGUGUAUUUUGUAUAUAUUGAACCCUGUAUUGCCUUGUCCAUGUCACAUGUCUGUAAACGCAACUGUCAGAAACUAAUCUGUGUGCCUCUGCUGAUCAGGAUCAGCAAUUUUAGCUGAUCCAAUGUGUAGGUAUUGUCACUGCAGAGUAUACUGUGUUUAAUUUGUGAAACUAGAAAUAACUUAGGCUUACACAACUGAAACUACAGAGUGAUUAGGAUACAAAGGAGAAAAUACAAGGCAAGCACAAGGUAUUUCAGUACUGUGAAGCUUUAUAUUAUAUUUUUUAUAACAACAUUGAUAAUAUGCCGUUAGCUGUCAGUUGAAAACCACCUACGUGUCCUCUAUAGUGAAUGAAUUGAAGACGAAUGCUAUUCCACUGCCAUCAUUCUUGGCAACAAGGACCUUGGGGUCUCAAAUAUGGGUUAAAUCAAAGUGUAUUCUGCUGGUGUUAUGAAUCAGAUGUGGAUGUAAUCUGAAUGAUGUCUGUGCCUCUCCUCCAUGCCAGUUUAGCCCUGUGUAAAUCGGAAUUGUGUACCACUGGGACUGAGACAUUGUGAAAGUCUAAAGAUAAACGUUGGGCUGAGAAAUGUCAGACAUCCACAGCUGAAAGAAGCCGUCAGCAUUGAGAGGCAUUUCAAUGGUGCAGUCCGUUUGCAGAUAACAAUCUAGGACAAAGAAGAAUAAAAGACUGUCAGUUGCAUCAACGAGGCCAAACCAGCGCUUCUUCCAUGUCUUAGUUUUGUGAGUCUUAUGAUUGGAAUUCCUUUCAAAUCUGCGUGCCAGCCAGAAAUGUACUUUAUUGUUUUUCUCAAUAUAACAGCAUAUCUGUGGUACAACCUCUUACUUUGUCAUUUAUGUUUACAAGGACACUUAUGGUGGUGAGAGAAUACUGUAUAGUUCUCAGUCAAGUGGAUAUUGCUGAAUGACUCAUCAUGGUACAAAUCAUCUCAGUUACUUGUGUAUAUAUGACUGCCUUCAUUUACUAAGACAUUUUUUAUAUGAGCUUACAACCAUGCCUGUGCCUAGCAUGGUGUAUGGUUGGUUGUCUUGAAUAUUGGCAUUUCCUAUGAUCCUUUUGACUGUGCGUGCUAUAGCUAUUAUAAUCAAAGUGGUUCCAAAGGCUUUUCUGGCAUUUUGGUAACAUACUCAGAAUUACAUGCCUAUUUAUGCUCUGUCUUUCUCAAAGAUGACAUUUUAUCUUUUCAAUUUUUCUUUUCUGGUGUUCUCAGUAUAAUAUUC